AUAUUUUUAUUUUAAAAUUUUAUAAUAUUAAUUAAAAUAUAAUAGAUAUAUUUUAGUAUUUUUAUAAUUCCAAUUUAAUUUAUUUUUGAAUAUUUUUAUUUUUGUAAUUAUAUGGUUUUUGAAAAAAAAGAAAAAAAAUUACCCUCCCGCAACCGUCUGCCAUCGCAAACGCUAACUGGAACCAGCUUUUGAUUUUAAGAGGUUCGGAGCGGUUUGAAGUGAUUUGUAGCGGUUUGUAUGAUUGUUUCGAAACACUGUCAACCGCUAUCAACCGCAAAAGUUGCGUUUGCGGGUGGUAGCGGAGAAACCAGCCAGGCCCGUAGUUGUUGGGAGUUUUCUGCGGUUCUAAAUACUAUUAAAUUAUUUGUACGAUUGGUAUAUCAGUUUGAAAUUGGCAUGUUUGUAGAAUUUUUAUUGGAUAAUUAAGAUGUUAAACCGGUCUAAUAAUAAAUUAGUAAUAUUAAGACAAUAUAACACCAUAAAAUAUCAAAACAUAUUAUUAUGGUAAAAUUUGAAAAUUAGUAAUUUAAUAUAAUUAAUAAAAAUAUUCAAUUUAUUUUUAUUUUCAAAUAUUAAUUUGAAAGUUAUAGUUUCGAUAAAAACAAUUACGAAGAUAUAUAUCAGGUUUUAUUUUAAAAAUAUUUUGUUUGGUUAUAUAUUUAUAUAACAUUAUAGUGAAUAUUUUGGGUUUAAAGUUUUUAUAAUAUAAAUUAGGAUAUUGUUACUGAAUAUAAAUUAAAAUAUAUAUUUUAUAUGUAUAUUUUAUUUAUAAUAUCUCAAUUUUAAUAGUUAAAUUCAAAUUUUAAAUAUUUUAAAUAUAUUUAUAACACUUACAUGUAACAUACCAACAAUCACAAACAUUUGUGAAAACCAACUUUUAAUUUUAAAAUUUUGAAACGGCAUAAAGCUUUUAUAACAUUUUUAUGAUUACGUAAAAAACGAACAACCGCUACCACCCACACAAAUGCAGCAUUUUUGGGUGGUAUCAGUAAUACCAAUAAAUCCAUAAGUUUCAAAAAUAUUUAUGAAGUACAAAAAAAUAAAAACAAAGAAGGUAAAUUGCUCUUACAAAACUAAAACUGAUUUAUGUCGAAAUCCACUAUUUACACCAAUGACAUUUCUUUACACUAAAUAAUACUCCAUCUGUUUCAUAUUGUAAGUAGUUAUAGAAAAAAAAAUUGUUUCAAAAUCUAAGUAGUUUUUAUAUUUUAGGUAACUUUUGUAUUUAUUGGAUAUAGUGUUACCAAUCAAAUUAAAUAUUUUUUUUAUGAUUGCCUAAAUUGUAUCUAAUCUAUAUAUUAAAUAACAUUUUUAAAAAUUAAUAACUUUCGUAAUCUUUAUGUUUUUAGGUAAUAUAUUAUGAACACAUAAGGAAUAUACUCUAUCAUGGCAACAAGAAGACAACAACAGCAAUAACAAUAUAAAAUCUUAAACUAUAUUCUUUUGGUUUACUUUCGUAAACAUUUUCCGGUCACUAUUAUUUAGUACUACUUUGAUAUAUGUUAUUAACCUAAUACUUUAAAUUUUAUAGUAUAUAAUCCGCGCGUAGCGCGGAAAAAAACUCUAGUAGAGAUAGAGAUGGAGUGUACUCUAAUAUAUUUCUCUAGAAUAAUAAUCAAUACUAUUAAAAGGGAAGGAGUCCUAAAAAAUCUACUAUUAAAAUUUAUGGGACCUAUUCAUUUUUAGUCCAACCUAUUAUUUAUAAACAAAUAUUAUAACUAACCCCAAAUAUAGCAACCAAAUAAUGUCCCUAACAUUUAAAAAAAAAAACUCACUCAACCUUCUGUAUAAGAUCUUUUAAUAUACCACGUGACUAUACAGACAUUUAAUAUAAAUCAUAUCAUAUGUUUCAAAUAAUUCACUUAACCUUUUGUUUAAACCAACUUCCUACAAUAUUUGAUAUAAACGAUACUAAAAACUUUAACACAUAGGGUCAUGUCAAUUAUAUCUAUUUUAUCCUCUUCCAUUAUAUCAAAUAUUUGUAAUAGGUAAGGUCCUAUUAAAUAUAUAUUAAUAAAACUUUCAAUAUUAUAAUACAUCUUUUCUGUAGAAUUUCAUAAUUACAUAGAAAUUCACGGGUUUUGAUAAAACUAAUCCGACUUCACAAUAAAAAUAUUGAUAAUUUACGAUUUUGUAAAUUAUUUGUUUAGAUAUAUAUAUAUUUAUAUACCUUUCACUUAAAAAUUAAUUUAUACUAUUAAAAAGAAUCAUUUAAAAUCUAAUAUAAAAAGGUUGUUGAAGUCAUGUAUAACUAUUUAUUAUUUUUUGCCCUACCAUUAUCUAUUCUAACCAUAUACUCUCUCCGUUUUUUUACAUAUGACGUUUUAGAGGAAUUUUUUUGUUCCAAAUUAUUUGACGUUUUCAAUUUUCUGUGUAAAAUUUAUUACUAAUUAAUGCUAGAUGACCAAUGAUAUUAUAGUUUCUAUUUUAUUAUUGGUUAAAUUGUGGUUAGGUAAACAAUUAAUGAUGUUUUUGCUUAGAAAUUAAAUGUUUCUUAAUUUAUGUGCACAAUCCUAAAGCGUCAUAUAUAAAAAAACGGAAGGAGUAAUAUUUUAAAUAUUUUUAACAAAUCCUAAUAUUUCUCUUUAAAAUAAUUUUCUCUAAAAUUAUUUCAUCAACCAUGAUUUUUCUCGAUAACUUUAAAAAUCUAAUAUAAAAAGGUUGUUGUACCCGAUAUAGACGUAUCGGGUCCAGAUCUGUUCCGGUAUUCAAGAUCAAAAAUUUAAAAAAUCUGAAAAUAUUCGAAGCACAAAAAAUAUACAAAAAUGUUCAAAUACUUAAAAAUCCAAAAUUUUACUCGAAAUUUGACCCGAAGAACCAAAAAUACCCAAAAUUUUAUUCGAAUACCCAAUAUUUUUUAAAAAAAUUGGAAUUUUACCCGAAACCCAAAACUAUAACCAUAAACCUAAACCCUAACUUAAAAAAAUAUUCAUAGUACCGGAAACAUAUUCAAAAUACCCAAAUAUAUUUAAUAUACAUAAAAUACUUCUGAUCGGGUUUUGGGUAGGACAUGGACUCAAACAAAUAUCUGCGGCUCCAAAACAAAUACUAAAUAGAUAAUUUUCUCUUGACCCAGACCCAAACCAUACCUAUAAUUUUAGGUCGGUUCCGGUUUAUUUUUUUGGUCGGGAUAAAAUGUCCAAGCCUAAAAGAAAGUUAUAUAAAAGUGUACAUAUAAAAUCUCAAAUAAACUAAUUCAUAAAUUAUAUAAUUUAAAAAAAAAAUCUCUUCUUUGAUAUAAUACGAUUUUGUAUUAUAAUAUAAUUUGAAAAACCCGCGCUUUCGAAGCGCGGGUCAAAAUCUAGUUUUUACUUAUAGUAAAAGCAGAAAAUUGCUAUUUCUUUUUUAUUUAUAGAAUAAAAAUAACAAUUUCUAUUAUAGAAAAAAAAAAGUGGAUUAGAGAAAUUUCACUUCUAUAUAUUAUUAUAAAAGUAAAAAUAACAAUGAGUUAGAAAUGUUUUUAGCUCAAAACAAUGUUAGAAGAUGCUAAUAAAUAAAAUUAAUAAAAUUAGUAAGAAGACUCAAAAUACGCAGAAAUUAAACAUAGAUGGACCCAUCAAAAAAAAAAAAUUAAACAGAGAUGGUAGAGCUCUGAUAUCCUAUAGAAGUAAUAGAACUCCAUCGACGGAUAAAGACACAUUACGGUAUUAGUGCCCGUCUUCUAGUUAGAGCAUGAUACAAAUGCAUCCUGAUAUUAGGUUUAGGUAACACUCACCUGACUUGACCGUGACCUAUUAUACAUGAUAAUUAAUUAAAACGCCUAUAUAAAUGUUCAAGUGUGUCCCCGGAUCGACUAAUUAAAAUUCAGGAAAAAAUCUUGAAUCUUCAGUUAAAUUUGAUGGAAAAUACAUGUUUUAACAGUAACACACAGAUUGUGACAAAAAAAAAAAAAGACAGUAACACACAGCAAAGAACUGGUAAAAUCGUUUACGAAUUUAAUUAGAUAGGCUUAGGCCCAGAAAUAUUAAUUAACAUAAUUAGUGGCGGAAGUGUGAGUGGAUCACUACCUUAAUAUGUUAAUUAUUGCUAGAGCCAAUACAGAAGAAGCUUAGUUAGUUAUCAAUCAAUAAGUUAAUCAUCAACUAUAUGAGGUGCCGUACGUGCGCACGGGGUUUUCAGUUUGUAUCAAUACUGUUAACAAGCUGACGUAUCGUGAGAAGCUUAUGUGUCACUUAUUAUUAGGCUUGUUCACACACACACACACAUAUAUAUACUGAUUUUUGUUUUGAAAUAAAAUAUUCUACAAAAUAAAAUGAACAUCAGUAUUAUUUUUUACAAUCUGUUUUUUUUUUGGUAUAUCAUAAUUGUUUGAUUGUGAGACCAGAUAGAACGGUUUACAUCCGACUUUUGCUUUUAUCAUACUUUAUGAUCUUGGUAAUAUUUAUGUCAACUAUAUACACUAUCAAAACGAGAUUAUGUCUAACAUUUUGGGAUACAAAACUAUGGCUAUAUCUUACAUGGUAUGACCGGAUCCAAAAAGUUGAAACUGAUAUCAAUUUUCAAAAUUUUCCAGCAGAGAAACACAUAGUAAUCUUCGGAUUGCUUUUAUAGAGUUAGUGACAUCUUCUAGAGGGAUAUUUAAGGCGUACAACGAAAAUGGAUCAACAGUGUUCAUUCAACACACAACACAAGUUUUGGCAAAGAAAAGGCAAGCUUAUCCUCUUUAGUCCAAUCACGUAAAUAAAAAUGUGAGGCUGCUCUGUAGUGAAGUGGGUGAAAGUGGAGACAGUGGUCAUUAUGUAAUUUGCAAAAUGGUACACUUUAAUAAUCAAUUUGUACCAUAGGGUCAUAGGCUUUUCUUAAUGUCUCUCUAAAUGGGUAUAUUUUGAAACCUGAAAGCUACCAAAAUAAUAGAAACACGAAAUCUUAUUUUCUUCUUUUAGUCAUAUAAAAUUAGAAAUUAUAGGGUGACGCGUGCCUAACACAGUUUCUCAUUGUGAUGUCCUAUCACAUGAAAACUUUUUACCUCACAAUGUCGACCGGAAAAAAAAUUUCUUGAUUAUGUUAGGGAACAAAUCUCUAGAAUAUGGCCAAUUAGAAUGAAACGUUUUUUAUAUGACCUGAAGCUUUUGUGGAAGUUUAUCAUCUUUUAUCAAAAACAAUUCAUUUUCAAUACAUAUUUAUAAACUUUUAUAAUACAAACUAUUACCUCCAACAUAUGUAUUAAAGAGAUACUCAUGCACAUUUUCAAUUUAACAUCGGAUUAACGCCAUGUUAUAAUUUGUCAAAUAGUCUUUAUGAAUAUAGCAGGUGAUUUUCAAAUUAAACUAUAAGCCUAGUCAAGUGAAAAGAAAACCACUAAUGGAACUGUAUGUCAUCAGUUAUUAUAUGAAAAUAUAUCUAGUUUAUAUAGUUUUUUAAUAAGCUAUUGCGACUGAUAACUAUCGAAAUAGUAAAUUCCCGAUUAAAAAAAUAAAUUCAUGGAUUAAUCUAAACUAUUAAAAAUCAAACGAUAUUCAUUCGUUUCAUAUAAUGAUGACAGCGACAAACAACUACAACAAAUGAUUAUUAAAAAAUGACAGGGCAUUAGUAUUUUUAGUGGUAGAACUCAAAAAUAAAUAAAUUGUAAAUACCGCAUUACCAAAUUAAAGUUUUCUGAAGUCUUUUUAAGUCAAUGGAAAGUACUGCACCAUUUUUUUUUCCUUUCCAAAGAAUUCAAUUGUGGAAUAGACUAUGAAAGCAAGCAAGCAUGUUAAUUAAAUGUUUAAGUUGUGUCUCGGUGAAUUGGUGCGCCGGCCACCAGGCGUCACUACAGAAUGUUUGGACCCACUCAUUGCAUUUCAUGUCUCAUUUAUCAAAUCACACCACCCUAUCUUUGUUCUCAUUUAUCUUUUGUACAUUACUUUUGGGCAAUGAAGUAACAUGAUCGAUCUUACCUGUUUGGGAAUCUCUACCCUCUCUCGGGAUACUACUAAAUUGUUUUUGAAAAUGAGAAUACUGUAGCUGUGUUUGGAGUUAUCUUGAUGAGCGAAGUAGUGAUGUAAUAGUGAAUAGGGUCACAGCGAUUACAUGACUUAGUAAUUAAAAAUGCAUUAGUUGUAUACCGUACGCCCGUACGUAGUGGUCACCAUAAACUGUUCAAUUAUAAAUAUUUAUAAUAACAAAUCAAUCAAAAAUAAAUAAAUAUCAUGAUAUUCUACAAUACAUACAACCAAUAAGUUUAUUCAACAACCAAACGAUCAGCUAUUCUGAAUUUUCAUGAUAAUGCCAAAUUUUCUUCAAUCAUCAUGCCAUGUAGCAAGCAAAGGAUUCCACAAGCAAUAUAAGAUUGGUUACCAUUAAUAAAUAAUUAAAUUUACUUAUUAAAUUACAUAAUUAAUUAUAAAUUAAUAAAUUGAGAAUUAAAAAGAAAAAAAUAUUUAAAAAUAAAAACAUAAUAUAUAUAUAUAUUGUAUAUAUAUAUUAUGUUGUAUAUAUAUAUAUUGUAUAUAUAUAUUAUGUUGUUAUCCAAAGAAUAUUUUUCACUUAUAAAAAGUAAGAAAUUGAAAAAAACUGAAAGAUGCAUAAUAAAAUAUUAAUCAUGUAAAAAUUUUGAAUUUGUAUAAUCAAAAAUAUAAUAUUCAGUGAUCUCAAAGAAUUAUUAUUAUAUUUAUUAAUUAUUAACGAAUAUAGUGUAUAAAUAUAUUUUUAAAAAUAUUUAUAAUACAUGAAUUUUUUUAAAAGAAAAUACAGUCAUAUAUAUUUUGAUAAAUAAAUUUGUCAUCAUAUAUAAAUUUAAAAGAAAAUAUUUGUCAUAUAUAUAAAACUUUGUCAUAUAGAACAAAUUUGAUAUUGGGUUUAAAUUUAUCAUAAUAAUUUUUAAAUUACAAUGUAUGUAUUAAUAAAUAAUUAUAUCAUUAUAUCCGUAUGUGCGGACUAAAUAUCUAGUUAUUAACUAAAGCAUAUACAAGUUCACUAGUGGGAAAUCACCUAAUUAACUGUUAAUUGAUUUAAUUAAUAAUUACUAAGUAAUUUAGGAAAUACAUUUGGAUAGGCAUGGAGUUGUUGCCGUGGUCCUAUGUUAGAGCCAAACUCAGUUAACAAAUACUUCUAGUGUCUACUACAUUAGUUUAUCAUAAUAAAACAUACGCAAAUAAUAUUAAUAAAAAGUUCGUGAUUGAAUCUACAGAUCGUUAACAAUACAGUCUAAUCUUUCUAAGUAUGAUUUGUUUAUCAAAAUAUAAUAUACAUAUCAUGGUAUUACAGCUUUCUUUCUAGAUGAACUAAUCUUUCUACAUAUAAUUUAUUUAUUAGAAUAUAAUAUACAUGCAACCCAUUUUCUACAUACUCAUUCCUUUUCCUCACAUCUCUAUAAAACCCUUCUCCCUCUCUUCCUCUUCACUUCAAAAAACCACUUCACACAAAACACAUCUCUCUCUCUCUCUUCAAAACAUUUAAUAUCAUCUUUCUCUAAGCAAAACAAAAAACAAAAAUCUUUCUCUAAGCACAAGACAUAUUUAUCAAAGUAAAGAUCAUGAACACAAUUCCAGCGGAACUCACUGGAUACUUCCAAUAUGUAUCACCUGAAAUAUACAAUAACCAAACACCAAUCACGGAGUCUGAAUACUUUAAGAUGCCCUCUUCACCUACUUCUGCUUCCUCCUUCUACUACAUCAACGAUCUGAUGACCAACAAUAACAACAACUACUCUUCAUCAUCCAACGUUCAGGAUCCAGUGACGAGUAACAAUUCAACAUCAGACGACGAUCACCGACAAAGCAUGGUCAUCGAUGAGAGGAAACAAAGAAGGAUGAUCUCUAAUAGAGAAUCUGCUCGUAGGUCAAGGAUGAGAAAGCAGAGACAUCUCGAUGAGCUUUGGUCUCAAGUGAUAAGACUCCGUACUGAUAACCAUUGUCUUAUCGAUAAGCUAAACCGCGUAUCUGAAAGCCAUCAGCUUGCUUUGAAGGAGAACGCUAAGCUUAAAGAGGAAACUUCUAAUCUCAAACAGCUAAUCUCUGAGAUAAAAUCCAACAAUUUUCUAAGAGAGCUUGAAGAUUCGAUAUCAAACUCUAGAUCGGAUUCGAACCAAAUGGGCAGAGAUUUUGAGUUAUGUUAAAUGAUCUUGUCAUUGUUCUGCUUAUGUCAAGAAUGUAGAUUUCAUAGCGAUUAUAUCGUAUGAUAUGAUAUAAAAUAUUAAUAAACGUAAUAUUCUUCUCUA